AUGGCUGCAAAAAACUCAGCUUGUCUCGUCCUCUUCUUUGCCCUCAACAUCCUCUUUUUCACCUUAACAGAUGCAACUAAUCGUGGCUGUCCCCCAAGUCCUAAGCACAAGAAGCCCGUCUCAACUCCUAAACCAAGGCCGGUCCCAGGUAGGGCCCCUAUUCGUCCUUCCGUCCCAAGUCCUUCGGUUCCAAUCCCUUCGGUCCCAAGUCCUUCGGUUCCAGUUCCUUCGAUACCAAGCCCUUCGGUCCCAGUUCCUUCGAUUCCAAGUCCUUCAGUCCCAAGCCCUUCGGUACCAAGCCCUUCGGUCCCAGUUCCUUCGGUACCAAUCCCUUCGGUUCCAAGCCCAAGUACCCCUGGUUCAUCCGGAAACUGUCCUAUAGAUGCCCUCAGGCUCGGUGUAUGUGCAAACGUCCUACGCGGCCUACUCAACAUACAGUUGGGUCAGCCAUCAGCUCAACCAUGUUGCUCGGUAAUCCAGGGUUUGGUUGACCUCGAGGCUGCAGUUUGUCUGUGCACUGCUCUUAGGGCUAACGUUCUCGGAAUCAACCUUAACGUUCCUAUAUCCCUCAGCCUUCUUCUCAACGUUUGUGACAAGAAUGUUCCGUCCCGUUUCCAGUGUGCUUGA